CCCCGAAACCCACAAAAUCCCCACCCUUCUCCGCUUGCUCAUCUUGCUCCUCGGCACGCCUCGCCUUCUAAUUCCACACCCUUUUCCGACCCUUCCCCUCCUCUGACUCCGUUCCACUUCUCACGCAUCUCUACUGCCCGCUCCUUCCGCACCACAGCCCGGGAGGUCUCCUCGGCAGUAUUUCUCCCGUCCUUUCGGCCUCACCGCACGCACUCCUCUGUGCCUGGCCAUCCUCACAACUCCGAUCGACGGCCACCUGCGCGGCCAUCCAUCGACCGUCCUUUCUCCCUACAUUCUCCCUCGCCCAGAUACACAGCAAUGGCGUCACCCUCACCCACGCCCCCCUCGCUGUCGCCGACGCCGCACCCGACCCAUCUGCACCCUCCUCCGCAGCCCCAGAGCAAGCGGGAUAAGCGUCGCAAUGCCCUCUCCGACAAGUUGAACUUGCUCACCAAGAGUUUCCAUAAUCCCACGAAUCCGAGAGUCCGCGAGCAGCAUUACCGGGCCCAGAUCGCUUCGCUUCAGGUCGACAUGCAGCUGAUCCAGCGAGCUGACAUUUCGGGACGUGACAUGCGCCUGAUGGACGACUCCUGUGAAGCCAUCCAGAGGGAGGUCGAUGAAGUCCUUGCCACCAUGGGUGUGCGGGGCUCGGAUGUGAAUUCUGAAGGAAUCCAGGGCCGUUGGUAUUCCGACUUCUUGCGUGAUGUGAACGACAGCAUGGAGGAGAGGGACACCCAGUUGUCUUUGCUAUUCAACUCGCAUCGUACGAAAGCCGCAUCGCUCGCCGCGCAACAUACUCGGUCGCUUAUCCAUGCACGCGAAGAACACCGAUCUCUCGCUGCGACCAUCACCCAGCGUCUCUCGCAACGACUUAAGGCACAGCUGAAGAAACUUGCCGCCGAAAAAGAAUCGUCGUCGGCAUCGGCCAAUGCGCUUUCUUCCCUUUCGAUCGGUGCCAGUCUCACGGACAUCGCCGAGGCCACUGCGCUCCAUCUGCAUCCUUCGCACUAUAGUUUGGGCGGUGGAAUCGGUUCGCCCAGACGGCAUGGCGUUAUUCCGUAUGACGACGAAACCGAGAAGGAAAUUUCGACGAGGCGCAAGCCGCGUCGCCGCGUGGGCGAGGUCGAAGAGCUCAUGGCGUUCGGCGCUGGAAUGAACUUCGACUCCCCCAAUACCAAUGGCAAGCGAAAGCGUCGAGGUGCAGCUGCCGAGAUGGUGUCCGAGGACAUGCCGACGCCGCCACCAUUCUCAAAUCCGUUCGAGCCGCCUUCGCCGUCCGCGGCCAAUCCUGUGCCUGAGUCAGCUGAAUCGGGAGAAGAAACAAAGAGGAAGCAAGAGGAAAUAAUGAAGCAGAUGUACAAGCCCAUCUACACCAUGGAGAAACUCUUCACCGACAAGGAGUUGCAGCUUCACUCCAACCAAGCGACGUUGGCCACCUUGAGGUACUUCUCCGAGAGAGCUGGUAGGGAAGAGAAUGGCGAGAAUGGCGUGGGUGAUGACACCGACGACACUCCUACCGGCGCCAACACACCUGUUCCCGGAGCUUCUGUGGCUGCUGGGGACGACGACGAUGACCAGGAGGAGCAGCGAGGUCGUGCAUUGACUCCGCUUUCCGAGCUCACACGAGGCCUUCCGGCGUUGCCCGGCUUCGGCGGUGUCAACACCAGAAGCAAUCCUCCAAGGAAUUUCGCCAGCUCUCGCGAGAUGGAAAAUCUCGUCUUGGGCGGUGUACCUGGAGUUGGCAUGAGCUAUGUGACCAAGACCGGCCUCGCGCCACCUCCGCCCGGCCUGCGCAACGACGAUGCCGAAGCAGAUCUUGCAUUCCUCCGGAAAGGCGCCGAGAAGCGGAGCAGUGCCGGGGCCGAGGGAUCGAAACGCCAAAAGAGGGGAUGAUACUUAGAUGCAUUUUUUUCCUUCCCUUCCUUCCGAGCCGAUAAUGAUAGAUUUCCCCUUUGCGUCCGUACAAAUCAUGGUUGUGAUUUUUGUUUUGUAAGAUCCCCGGGACUCCUUUGCUUUCCUUUUCUUUGCUUGCUUUCCUUUUUUUCCGUUCAUUGUUGCGGCAGCAUCUUUUCCUCACUUCGUGUUUUGUCAUGUCUCGCGCGGUUCGGUUCGGCUUUGAUUCCAUUAGGAGGGGCAUUUGUAUUUUCGGGGUUUGUAUCUGGCGAAUGAAAUCGGGGUCCUUCUGGUAUUGUUAUUUGUUUCUGUUUCCGCUUCGGUUUCCGUUUCCGUUUUCCGUUUCCUUUGAUUUGAUUGAAAAUGGUCUGUCCUGGUGCAUACGUGCGUUAGGUUCAUUCAUUGCUUUGCUUUUAUUGCUUUGCUUUUAUUGCUUUUAUUGCUUUUAUUGCUUU